AUGCCUUUAUCGCAAAUCGAGAAGAGCGUCACCCACCUGCUCGUCGCGACUAAGCAGCUACUAGAGACCCUGACACAAUGGUCGCGUGGCCAAGCUACCGAUGGCCAGGUAUCCGAUGUAUACGUCAGACUGGGAUACGAGUUCAACAUGGCCUGUCGAGCUUUCACGGCCAUCAACGUGGAUACCUCCGACCUGGGCAAUGUCCCCGAGUUGCUACGAAGCAUAUUAGAAGCCACUCUAAGCCAAGAAGCAAGCACCGAGAGCUUGGAGAAAUACCUUCCCCGUAUUCGGGAUAUCAUCAUCAACCUGCUCCACGGACUGAAGCGCAAGCAGCAAAAGCUGCGGCAAAAGCAACCAAAGGACAGGGAGAGUGGCGGCUCAGCAGGCGCACCCGAGCGUACGACGAGCACGAGUACAAUGGGUAGCGCAAAUACUGGUUUGACGAAUCUGCUGGAGGAGGGCAUACAGAACGGAUACCGGCCAGACCCGCAGAGGGAAUCUUCCAUGUCAGCCGGCGCCCCAACAACCACGUCUCCGAACCGUCGCUACAUACCGCCAAGAGACCAGUCGCGCGGCUCCCUCAACUCGGAGCAGUCCUCCCUAUCUAGCAACACGAUGCAAAACAUCCCCGUUGUGCCGCCGUAUCCCGGCGACGAGGCGUCGGCGUCCUCCGCACCGUUGGCAGAGGCCAUUGCCGAAUCAUUCCCGCCGCCGCCGCCACCUCCGAAGCAGCAAUCGAGUGCGUUCGCCGCUCUGCAGAAAGGAGGAGACCUGGAGAGAAGAGCAUCGCGGCGAUAUUCGCAAUAUCAAAUAUCCAAGCACCUAGGCAGCGCCAUGAAUGGCGUGCCUAUGCUACCGUCACAGAACUCUCCCAUACCCAACCGUGGCCGAGGUGAAGUGCGAGAGUCUCUGCGUGCUGUGCAGACUCGGGAGACUAUCCGUCAAAAUCGUGCCUCGAAGCAGCCGCAGUUGGAUGCGUCACCCGUCAGGGCUCCAAGUCGUACCAAGGAAGCGCCUCCGUCCGAAGCGCCGAUAGCCAGGCCCGAGAGCCCGACGCUUCAGACACCCGAAGACAAGUAUCCUAAAGCGAGCGCUACGUUAAAGGGUCCUCUGAGCGAUGAGUUCCCCAUGUCUCCUGAUGACGAUCGCAAACCUGAGCCACCCAGCAAGGACGAGCCCAAGGAGUCGCCACGGGCUAAGACGCCCGAAAAGAAGCGGGACAACACCUUUCUUCACGAGCAAUCACCGCCGUUGACGACCGACCUAACUUUGUUUUUGCAGUACAAGUCAAAGGUCAAGAAGUUCGUGCUCCCUGAGGGCUACAGCGAACUCUCUAUUGGCCGUCUCCAGUUAGCAUUCAUUGAGAAGUUCUCCUGGAACACGCAUGCCAAUGGUGCCGACCUGCCGGAAAUCUACAUCCAAGACCCCGUUUCAGGGGUCAGACACGAGCUCGAGGACCUUUCGGACAUCAAGGAUCGAACAGUCCUGGUGUUGAACGUCGAGCCGCUUGACGAAGUCAAACGACACAUUGACGAGGGUAUUGGGCAACUGAAGAAGAUCGUACAGGAUGUGAAGCAGAACAUGGACGAUCAGGGCCUGGCGAUACAGCGAGUCUCUGAGCGUCAACAGGAGGCAGCCGCAGAGAUGGCGAGGCUGGCGUCCGCUCCACCUGUUGUCUCAGCGCCUGCCGACGGGUCCAGGUCUGUGGGUGGCCGGAAGCUCGUUGCUGGACACAUUACCGAAAUACAAAGCCUUCGCCGUGACCUGGCCGUUAUGCGUCAGGCGUACUCCAAUUUCCAGUCGGAGAUUCAGGGUUCCAUGUCUGCUAUCCGCGCCAAGGCGAGUAACGUCAAGACUGCAGUUGUCAAGGCCUCGAUCCCUAGCAUCGAAGGCGAAACCGGUCAUGCCUACGUCCACAAGGGCCGCGAACAGCUCAAUGCUGACUCUGACCGACUUGUCGCCAAGGUCGACGACCUGCAGGACCUGGUGGAGGACCUCAGGAAAGAUGUUGUUCACCGUGGUGUACGGCCGCUACCUAGGCAACUGGAGACCGUGGCCAUGGACAUUACGAAACUUUCAAAGGAGCUCAAGAAGGUGGAGGAUUACAUGAAGGAAGAGAAGCCUAUCUGGACCAAGAUCUGGGAGAAGGAGCUGGAGGACGUCUGCAAGGGCCGUGAUGAGCUGCGUCUUAUGGAGGACCUCAUGAUCGAUCUGCAGGACGAUUUGGAGAAGGCAUCAGAGACAUUUGCACUAGUCGAGCAGGCUACCAAGGAGCAGCUGAAGGACAACGGAACCACCGCCAGCGCCGGUACCGCUCGCAACUUCUCCAAGGGCCUAAACAACCUAGGAAACAGCUCCGACCCCAACGCAGCCAAGGACGGUGUUCUCGGGGAGGUGAGGGCACUACAGCCCAACCACGAAAAUCGACUCGAAGCCAUCGAGCGAGCGGAAAAGCUGAGACAAAAGGAGCUUGAGGGCCGCAAGGGUAAUGAGCUCCAGAGGGAGCUCUCAAGCUUCGUGGAGGAGGGCAAACUGAAGAAGUCCGGCGGUUUCGAGGAGGUGGAGAGAGCCCGGAAGGCCAAGGACGACAUGAUCAGGAAGCAAGUCUGGGAGAGGCAGAAUGGUAUCGUCGCCGAGGAGGGAGAAGAAGAAGAAGAAGUCGAAUACGAAGAGGUAGAAGAGGAAGAGGAAGAAGAAGAAGAAGAGCCAGGGGAGGCUGGCGGCGCUGAGGCUGCAGGCGAUGCAGACAAGGCCGCUGCGCCAACGGCACCACCAGCGGCGUAG